UAAAUAAUAUUUCUGUAGUAAAUUAUAUUCUAAAAGUGUAAAUUUAACUUUAUUUUAAGUGUAAAUUAACAAUAUACCACACCUAAGGCUGAAAUUAUUUUAAAACAAAGUUUGUUGUAGAGAAAUGUGAAAAAGAAAUUCACGGUGACUAUAAAUGCUAAUGGUCUGUUCGUUUUAAAGGAUGUUUUUGCACGGAUGCUUUGUAACAAUAAAAAAUCUGAAAAAACUGCAAAUACGCUUGAAUUUAACGUGUAAAUCAGUCCAAAUUUUCGCAAAAGCGCGUUUUCUUUCUAAAUCUUUUUCUGUAAAAAUUAAACGCAUUUCCAUUUCGCUUGCAGCUUUAGUUGUCUGGAUGAAUUAUAAUCGAUUUUUUGGAAACGGUCUACCCCAAAAGUGUUUUCAAUGAUAUCUUUUUCAGCGCCUCAACAGCGUCCAAUCGUCUCUUCACUUACGCUGUGAUGUCAUCACGCGCCUAUAGAAUAAAAAACAUGCGGUGAAGAGUAACCCAAGAAGGUGGUACUCUACAAAAUGUUAGAUUCCCUUGCUUUACUGUUGGAGAAAACCUUUCUUCUGGCACAUUUUAACUUUUUCACCACACCACUAUCUAAAAAAGAAAGAUGCGUAAUGCGUCGACAGGAGAUCGUGCCUUUCCGACGCGGGGAUCUAUUGGAGGUUCCCCGUACUUUGUUUACCCAUUUCGGCAUAUACCUCGGGGACAACAAAGUCGCACACCUCAUGCCUGACAUACUGCCGGUUGUGACGAGGAAUACAUCUCGAAUUCAAAAAGUAGUGACGAACAAGAGGUUGCUUCUCGGUGUGAUAUACAAAAAUGCAUCGAUACGCGUCGACACGGUGGAGGAUUUCGCAUACGGAUCGGAUAUUUUACUCAACACGAUGGAUGCUACAAUGAGUAAACAGCCGCUGGCUGACGAGGAGGUGGCGAGAAGAGCCGAAAAACUUAUCGGUCAUAUUCCGUAUAGUCUGCUAUGGAAUAACUGCGAACAUUUUGUCACAUAUUGCCGCUAUGGUACAGCAGUCAGCGUACAAACAGACAAGUUCUGCGAAUGUUUAAAAUCAGUGAUCCGGGAUCAGAGGAGCGUUCUCCUGACCAUUGUCAUCGGAAUGCUUUCCAUGUUUUUAUUUGGAAUAGCGCCGUCCACCGCACUUCUAACCUUUUUCGUUCCUUUCACUUUGUGGAUGGCUGGAUAAGAGACAAUAUAAGUUCAAAACCAUAUAAACUACAAGCAUUUAUUUAACUGAUCAAAAGUUUGUAUUUUUCCCUUUAAUCCCCUGCAUACAAUUGUUGUGCCAGUGCGUUGCGGAAUUCACUCCGUUAGUAGUUAGGCUAAUAUUAACAUUUUAUUUUAAACUUUUUACAGAACAGUAAAGUUUUUUUUGUACAGUUUUAAUAAAUCUUAUAUAGUUAAAUAUUUGUAUGCCUUUGUAUAUUGUAGCACAUAGCCUCUGUGAAUAUAUAAACUAAAUUAUUUUCCU